GUCAUAACAAGGAGGUUGUAUAUAUAAUGUUGAGAUUUGCCGGCGUGUACUAUUUGAAUAGAAUCAUAUUUCUUAGAGAUCACGUAUCUGUUUGUAAAAAGAAUUUAACUUCUGACAGAACCAAAUUAUAUUCCUCAAUUGAUAUUCUAAGCCACAUCAACCUAUUCAGAUAUUGAAAACAGAAUUAAACAUCCGAUCCUCCCAGACCAGCCGCAACCAUGGCCACGCCAAAGAUCCAGAAGUUCCUUGCAGCAAUGGAAGCCGUCUAUGGAAACCUAGGAAGCCUAGAAGCCCGAGCACUGGGCACCUGGAUCCCCCCACCGAACUCAGGCGGCCACCGCGGCCGAUACCUCUGGACCGACGCCUUCGGGGUUGUCAACUUCCUUACUCUACACAAAGAGCUCAAAGAAGACAAGUAUUUGGUACUUGCCAAGAGACUCGUCGUGCGCGUUCACGAUAUACUUGGUUGGACACGGGAUGGUAAAAGCCGUCUCCCAGGAGCGACGGAUGAGAAUCCUUUGGGAGGCGGAUUGAGGAUAGGGAAAGAGGAAUCAAGUGGGCCAGAUGGCGACGGGCAAUACCACCACUACCUGACACUUUGGAUGUUUGCUCUCAACCGCCUAUCUAUUGCCUCGGGCAUGGCAACCUACAACGAUCAGGCAAUAGCUCUAGCUCGUGCCAUACACCCGAAGUUUUUCAUCAACCAAACAUCUGCGUCGGCGCGGAUGGUGUGGAAGAUAUCAAUGGACAUGUCGCGGACUCUUGUUUCGAGCCAGGGACGUCUUGAUGCUACGACCGGGUUCGUGGUGUAUCGGCUGCUACAAGCAGCGGCGAAUGAGCCGAAGGUUUUGGAGAGAGAGAUUGCGGAUUACCAAAGAGUUAUGAAAUCGCGUGAUACAGUCGACGCUACUCAUGAUACCCUGGAUCUUGGGAUGGCACUCUGGAUUGCGCAUUGGCAUGCAGGGACAGAACUUUGGGCCGAUCAACUCGGCGAGAACUGUUUAAUAGCGAUGAACGCGAUCUUUGGCGACGAGAGAUAUAAGACAAGAGCUGUGCCACAUCGCCUUGCUUUCCGGGAGCUUGGUGCUUUGAUGGGCGCGAAAUGCUAUACUCACAAUGUCGAUGUGGUAACAUUGACUGAUUCGGUCAUUGAUGUGUGGAUUGAGGUUUGGAGUGAGUUUAUAAAUACGACUGUGGAGGACCUGAGGCCCAUUACUAUGGUCAUGUAUAGCGCUGCGCUGUUACCAACUGGCUUUGAAAAGAACGGCUUGAAGCCAGAGCCAGGGAACCUAAAUUAGCACUACCAGAUGCCAGGCGUCAUGGAGUAAUUUCUUAUUUCACCAUUAAUAGACAAGACGG